AUAGGUUAUCAAAUGAAGCUAAAUCAUAAUAUUCUGAACUUCGUGUCUUUUUAAAAGCAAAGAAGGAAACAAGCAAACAUACAAUGGCCCGGAGUUUCUGGCGCAGCUCAAACUAUUUGGAGUGGUUGUUGGAUCGUCAAGAUGUGAUGAUACAUCGAGCUAGUGAUUUGAAAAUUCUUGGAAGUGAAGAAGAAUAUCAAAAAGUAAUGCUUUUCUUCACUGAUGUUAUACAAGCAUUCGGCAAGAGUGUAGAAGUUCGUCAACAAGUCAUUGCAACUGCAUUAGUCUACUUCAAACGAUUUUACAGUCGGAAUUCAUUUAAAACCAUUGAUCCAUGGCUGAUGGCUCCUUCAUGCCUAUUUUUAGCUUCUAAAGUGGAAGAGUUUGGCGUAGUCUCUCAAAAGAAUUUAAUGGCAUCCUGUCGUAAUGUGGUUCAUAGUCAUUAUUUAAUUUACUUUCCUGAUGGCUAUGGUUAUCCAUAUCGUGCUCAGGACGUUUUAGAGUGUGAAUUUAUUUUGCUUGAGGCAAUGGAUUGUUCGUUAGCUGUCUUUCAUCCUUAUCGUCCAUUGGUACAGUUCUGUGACGAACUUCGACCACAUAUGCAUGAGUAUGCUGAUGUACUGCUUGAACGUGCUUGGUGGCUUGUGAAUGAUAGUUUUCGAACGGAUGUUUGUCUACAUUAUCCUCCAUAUAUAAUUGCACUAGGUUGUCUGCAACUGGCUGUUGUGAUCAUCUCAAGUAACCCUGAUUUACUGACUGGUGGUGGUUCUGCGUCAUCAGUAAUGCUGAAUUCAGGUCUCUCUGGAUCAUCUAAUAAACACGGUUAUUUUUCUCAUCAACCUCAGCCAAGUGUUAAUCCCUUAUUAGUUGCUGAUCGUUGGUUCAGCGAAUUGAAUGUCGACAUGGAAAAGGUUCUAGAAAUUUGUCGUCAUUUGCUCAGUCUAUACGAUCUAUGGCGUCGUUUCGAUGAACUGGCUGAAAUGCCUAACAUAUUACUGAAGAAGCUUCCACGUCCAGUCGUUCAGCCUCCACAUGCUUCACAAAACUAUACAUCUGGAAGUGGCGUCAAUGCAACAGGUUGUAAUAAUUCUACUGCGAAUCAAUCAUCUUCAAGUAUGUCUAGUGGGACACACCAACAAUGUCACACUGGUUCAAUGAUGGUGUCAUCAGGUACGGCAGGUGGUGGUGGUGCUGGCAGCGGCGGUGGUGUUGCAGGGACUGUGGGUAACAUACAUGCUAUGUCAGAUCAUCAGGCUCAACAGAAGCAGCAACAAAGGUCAAUGACGUCAUCUGGUCAAACUCGUAUUCAUCCACAAGGUGGUAUUCAGCAUAUGACAGUCCGAUAGGUCUCAUGAACUAAACACAGACUUUAUUCUUGUGUAAAGUGAUAUCUCAUUUCGUGAUGAAUGGUGUGUACAUUAGUUCAUCUUUAGCUAUAUGUGGUUGCAUAAAAUUAUUCGGUUAGUUGUAGGGCUUCUCAGUGCACCAUCUUAUUAUGUGAUUUGCAGUAAACUUUCUCGGCAUGUAUAUUAUACUAACUACUCACAAGUAGCCCGAAUGCUUAUCAGAAUGUUUGUUAUUGUACUUCGAAACUGUAUAAUUUCUGCUGAUCUUAGAUUUGUCCUCGUAUGUUACAAAUUUGCAACCAAACACUGUGUUAUUCCCUGCUAAAAAGUGAACUAAUUUUCAGUCUAUGGUUUUAGGAGAGUGGGUCAUAGUAGCGUAUUUGUUAAAUAUUAUUCAAACUAUAAAUUG